CCCUCAAAGCUUCGCCAACGAGAUCUGUCGUCCGGAAGCCCUUCCAUCGUGUGAGACUGAGCGCAUCAGGUGCUGGCACAAUGUCCGGUCUCUUGUUUUCCCUGUCGUGCCUGCUUACCUGGGCUCUGAGCAGUGGUGCAGCGGUGUACGGUCGCCUGCAGCGCAAUGCGCUCGUGGCCCCAGCCCCACAGGAGCCACGCUACUACGCAGAACCCGUGCUGAAUGCUGCGGCAGCGCGCCGACCGCCUUACUACAUGGUGGCCCCUAUGGCGCAGCUUCCGCAGUUAGACGAUGACGCCUACGAAUAUGACGCGAUGGCGUCGCAAAGAGUUCCUUCGGCCAACUACGAAUGGUACGAUCCACAGUUCCUGCCCUUCGGUGCACCGGCAGCCACUCAGCAGGAAGCGGACGACGCUGAGGAUGCCGAGCAGUUGUGGAACGAUUUAAUGGCUACUUACGUCUCCAAGAAAUCUACACCGUUCCGUGAGCAGCAGCAGUCCCAGGUAUCUCCUACUGCGGCAACUGCCGAGGUAACGUCGACCGCCGCCACUUCCGGCGCCGAGCGGACUACUUCCGGUCAAAGUAAGCUUCAAGUGGCCCUCGCCGAGAACGAGCGGAAGGACGACGCAGUCCAAAAGAAAGCGUUCUCUGGCCAGAAAGAGUUUGCAAUGCUGCGUCCGGGAUCUUCCGGGGCAGCGACGUUCCAGAAGCAGCGACAGACGGGAAUGUUCCCCAAGCAGAUUUCCUCAAUUAGGAGGCUGGGCCGAUUUCUGGAAGACAACCUCACCGAAGAGCUGGAUCAACUCAGAGCCCACUAAAUAAUUACCCUCGCUAUCCGAGACGUCCCCCACCAAACAUGAGGACAGUUUCUGUUCUGCAACACUUCCAGGACACCUCCCUUCGAACCCCAGGAGACUGUAGGUCCACUGGCUCCACUCCCGCUCCAAGCAACGGUACAUGUCGAUAUCUCAGAUCUUCGGUACCAGCGGAAGAGCAGCAACUUUGAAUAGCGAGCGUGCUGAAAACGCCAUGCAUGCUGUAUUUAGCAGGGAUUAUCCAUUUUCCCGAUCUGCUCACGUGAGGCAGUGUAUAGUCUGUUAGCCUGUCGCUUGUACAGAAACAACCCACGUGAUGGUGGGAAAUGCAGCAUUUUAACCGCGCGAUUAUUGCCGAAUGUGAACGUGUCAGCAGGACGCCUAGCAGGCAGGCAUUGAAACUUCUGUCAAGUUAUAUUGUAGGUCCUGUUACGGCAGUCUUCUACAAGUAUAUUCAAUGUUAUACCGCCUUGUCGAGUAGAUGUCCAAGUGCAAAUUACGGUACCACCGUAUUCUGGCUCCAUCCUCAGCCGGGAUCCUUAUAGAACCUAGUGCACUUCAAGGGGCUCUCUCGAUAGCAUUGGCAGCACACUGUGCACCCGCUUACAGGGAAGGCUGUCAUGGCUGCUGAGAAUCUUGAGGCUAAGAGUAUUGAAGCGCACUAGGCUGUAGGGGUCCCUCAGAACGAAGCGAGAAUACGACUGUUAAAAAAAAAAAAAAAAAACUGCGUUCCUAUAGUAGAGGUCGUAGACACGCAUUUAGCUCCCGUAUGUAUGGAGCACUUCUACAUAACAGUGUGACGUCUAACAAUGAAAGGGUGCUUUCUGGUCAUCAAGGCUUGUGACAAGUUAGCAAUGAUAGGUACGUUCCUAAUUAUCCUCCAGUCCUGUAUAAAUACAAGGUGUGCCGCU